AUGUUCACGCCGCUGUCGAGUAUGAACGCCUGGUGGUGGCACAUACUCGAAAACCACAUCUACGCCAUCCCGCCCUCGACACCUCGCAAACGCACAAAGCCGAUGGAGGUGCUCUGCGUGGGACCACCGCGCAGCGGCACAGAAUCCCUCCAGAAGGCCCUUCUCACACUCGGCUACGAUCACACGUACCACGGCUGGGACAUCGUCUAUGAGGACCCCCCGAUCCCGGCACCGGGCUGGGUGAAGCUCGCACGGAAGAAGUGGUACGGGUCGGGCAAAAACGGCCAGGGCGACUGCAGCAUCACGGCGGACGAGUUCGACGAGCUGAUCGGGCACUGCACGGCGGUCACGGACGCGGCGGCGAGCUGUUUUGCGGCGGAGAUGAUCCGAGCGUACCCGGACGCCAAGGUGGUGCUGAACGUGAGGAGGGACCUGGACAGGUGGCACGAGAGCGCGGUCAAGACGCUGGUGCACGUCAACGAGAGCUGGAGCUUCUGGGUCGCGAGCCUGUUGGACCGCGAGGCGUUCUGGGCGUGGCACGUGUAUGAGAGGUUUCUGUGGGCGCUGUUCUUCCGGGCGCCUGACGGGGAUAUGGCGGGGGCUAUCAAGAGGAAUGGGAAGUGGAUAUAUCGGGAACACUGCGACAUGAUCCGCGGCCUCGUCCCGCCAGAGCGGCUGCUCGAGUGGUCCGUCGACGAGGGCUGGGAGCCGCUUUGCGCGUUUCUCGGCAAGGAGGUCCCGAAGACGCCGUUUCCUCACGCGAACGCGACCGGGUCCGGCGGAGGGUGGAAGAUGAGGGAGGAGAUGGCGAUUAAGAGGUGGAUCGAGGGAGCGCUGACGAACUUGAUCCUGAUGGGGAUUGUGUUUGUUGGCGGGGCUGCUGUUUGGAUGAGGUACGGGAGCGAGUCGGGAGGCGAAAAGAGACACCCACCAGAGCGUCCUGCAGCAAGAGUCAUGGAGGCCCCAAUCGCGGCCGCCGUGAGGCGCAAGCCCCUGCCGGGCCAGCUACCCGGCCCGCCGCCGAUGCCGCCGCCACCCGACUUCGACCCCUUUCCGAGCCGCAGGCCGGUCCUCCGCGGCGCGCGAUCGACGCCGAACCUGAGGGACUCCGCGGUGCCGUCCGUCUACGACCCGCCGCCGGCUUAUGAGGAGUUUCCCGGCGUCAACUCCAGCGGCCGUCUGAACAUCAUUCCGCCCAGUCCCGGAAGACUCCCUUCGCCGGCGCCGCCUAGCCCGGGACCGGUGUUUCCUGGGCCGCCUGCGUGUGCUGAGACGUUCAAUGAGCCGAGGUAUCGACCGUAUCGUCCGCCGGCGUCCCCGGUAUCGCCUGUUUCGCCGAUGUCUUCUGUUCCGCCGCCUCCGUCCAAGUCAGAGAGCUCUUAUGCUACGUCUCAGCAACAUGUUCCGCCGCCGCCUUCUUUCCCUCCUCAAAAGUCAGAAACCUUUUCUGUAGGGACUCACCAGAAGAUUCCGCCGCCGCCACCUUUUCCUCCGCCGCAGAAUGCUGCGACUUUCCCAGUAGCGGCUCACUACGUGCCCUCACCUUCGCCGGGAUUCGCAGGCCCACCGGCAUCAGAAACAUUUCCCCUCUCCGGACCUCGCCCGCCAGUGUCACCAGUCUACGCGCCCUCAGAAGCGCCCUCAGCAGACUCUCAAACAAAAGAAAAGACGUUCUGGCAAACCGCCCUGGACGAGACCAAGUACUUCGCAGGCGGCCUCAUCAGCCACCCCUUCGAAUACACAAAACACCACGCCAUCCUCCGCCACUCCACCGCUCUGGUGUGGUACCGCGGCCCCUCCACCUCCGUCACCGUCACCAUCUUCUCCGACGCGCCGCUGCCGCCCACCCGCACCCUCUGGCUCCAGCGUAAAGGCUUCUCGGGAAACAUGGGCAUGAACCUCAAGUCCCUCGUCGGCGCCAACGAUUCCUGGCUCGACGUCACGCCCUCCGCGCAGGCCACACCCUCUGACAUGCCCGACGGCGACGAGAGGGGCUGCCAGCGCGACAUCAAGAAGUUCCUCAAGAAAGCCCCCAAGAACCUGAGCAAACACCUCCCCCGCGAAACCCACGUCGUCCGCAUCCCCGCCGCCGCCGACGACGGCUACUUCCGUCUCGUCCUCUGCACGGGCGGCGGCGGCGACGCAGGGAAGGGCAAGAGGAAAGUCCUCUGCCCGAGCCCCGUCUUCCGCAUCGCGAGCACCUCCACGGACGCGAGCGUCGUGCGCGGGGCGAGCUUCGCGAGCAUGCCGAUCGAGCUGGGCAUCAAGGCCGGCUCGAUCGUCGCCACGACCGUCGCGAACCGGUACAUCGGCCCCGCGGCCGCCGUCGUGCAGGCGCGGACGAAGAAGCUGCAGACGGCCAAGUUCGUGACCAAGCACGCGACGCACAUCGCCACGGCCAAGUCCGGGAUCGACAAGUCCGGGAUCAAGACGACGGUGACGGCGUACGAGGAGCAGUACGCCACGACGAGGGGCGCCGGGUACGCGCCGUGGCAGGAGGACGGCGCCGGCGAGGUCGGGUUCGAGGAGGCGCCGCCGGAGGUCGUCGGACCGGACGACGGGCCGGUGGAUCCGUUCCCGAUCAAGUUCGACGGGAGGAUCGUCCGCGGGACGGGGCGGGGCGGGAUGGAGCUCGGGAUCCCGACGGCGAACCUGGCCGACGUGCCGGAGGACGUGAGGAUGCGGAUGCGGGGCGUCUACUUCGGGUGGGCGCGCGUGGUGCCGCGGAGCGGGCUGGAGCACGUGUCGACGGAGUGGCACGAGAGCAUCAUCACCGUCGGCCCCGCGCCGUACGCGACGCCGCGGGUCGCGGCGAAGAACGUGGCGACGGUGCACCUGAUCCACGAGUUCGGCGGUGCCCUGUUCCUGGAGACGCGGCUGAAGGUGCUGGUGAUGGGACAGCUGCGGCUUUCGACGCCGGCGGUCGGGUCGGAGGCGGCGCUCGCGGCGUACGGGACGGAUGUGUUGUUGGCGGUGGCGAGUCUGAGUCGGGAGAACUGGGGACCCGUGGAGACGCGGGAGAGGAUGAGGACUAUGAGGAGCGAGAUGAGUUUGAGUGACAGGUAUAUGGAGACGAGGGAGAGGGUGCAGAAGCAGGUUGAUCGGAUCCCGGUGCACCUUGCCGGAGUGAGGACGGAGGGGGCGGCGUUGCGGGAUCGGGCCUAUGGGAACGGAGGCAUUUGGGUGCCUAGAUGA